UGAGGUUGGGCUUUUUGCCUACGGGCAAUUCGAUCAGGAAGAUGACGAGGCGGACCGCAUCUACAAAGAAGUAGAUGAGAAGAUGGACAAGCGCCGGAAAGCAAGAAGGUUAGUACAUUCCUCCCUCCCAUUCCUUGUAUCUUGGAGAUGCGUUGUUCAUCGGACGACCGACUUGAUUCCUUCGCCACCUAUAGGGAAGCUCGAGAACGUCAAGAACGUGAAGAAUACGAACGCAAAAAUCCGAAAAUUCAACAGCAGUUUGCCGACCUGAAGCGCUCACUAGCCUCGGUUUCAGAAGAGCAAUGGGCCAAUCUGCCGGAAGUCGGAGACCUGACGGGGAAGAAUCGAAGAGCUAAGCAGAACCUACGACAGCGCUUCUAUGCGGUACCAGACAGCGUUAUUGCCAGUGCAAGGGACUCCACUCAGUUCGAAACCACCAUAGCCGAUGACGGUACCCAGACGGAUGUCCGUGGAGGCGAUGCGGAUGGCACGAUGACGAACUUUGCGGAUAUUAGUGCUGCCCGUGAUAAGGUGCUUAAGGUCAGGCUUGAUCAAGCCGCCCGGGGUUCCACUGCUGAUUCUUCCUCUGGGAGUGCGACCAACAUCGACCCGAAAGGAUAUCUCACAAGUCUGACGCAGUCGGAGCUGAAAGCUGGCGAAGUCGAGAUUGGCGACAUCAAACGAGUGCGUGUCUUAUUGGAAUCCGUAACCAAAACGAACCCUAAGCACGCUCCUGGAUGGAUUGCACUUGCGCGAUUGGAAGAACUUGCUGGAAGAAUUGUGGCCGCCAGGAACAUCAUUGCCAAGGGUUGCGAACUAUGCCCGAAGAGUGAGGAUGCGUGGCUCGAAAAUAUCCGUCUGAACGAAGGCCACAAUGCCAAGGUCAUUGCAGCCAAUGCAAUCAAGAAUAAUGAUCGUUCCACAAGACUUUGGAUCGAGGCCAUGAGACUGGAGUCCGACACUCGCGCGAAAAAGAAUGUGCUGAGGCAGGCUAUUCUCCACGUGCCCCAGUCUGUGGCCAUCUGGAAAGAAGCCGUGAACCUGGAAGAAGAUCCCGCCGAUGCACGUCUUUUGCUGGCGAAGGCAGUCGAAAUGAUUCCUUUGUCGGUUGAGUUAUGGCUCGCUCUUGCUCGUCUAGAGAAUCCUGAAAAUGCACAAAAGGUUCUGAAUGCUGCUCGCAAGGCCGUCCCUACGAGUCAUGAAGUUUGGAUCGCGGCUGCACGAUUGCAGGAGCAAAUGGGCACUUUCGAGAAGGUCAAUGUGAUGAAGAGGGCAGUUCAAGCGCUGGCAAGGGAAAAUGCCAUGCUUAAGAGAGAGGAAUGGAUCGCGGAAGCUGAGAAGUGCGAGGAAGAGGGAGCCAUUCUCACAUGUGGCGCAAUCAUCCGCGAGACUCUCGGAUGGGGCCUUGAUGAAGACGAUGACCGCAAGGAUAUCUGGAUGGACGAUGCGAAGGCCAGCAUUGCCAGGGGCAAAUACGAGACUGCAAGAGCAAUUUAUGCUUAUGCAUUGCGUGUCUUUGUCAACCGUCGAUCUAUUUGGCUCGCGGCUGCCGACUUGGAGCGUAACCAUGGCUCCAAAGAGGCGCUCUGGCAAGUCCUUGAGAAGGCAGUGGAGGCAUGCCCUCAGAGCGAAGAGCUGUGGCUCCAGCUUGCGAAGGAGAAGUGGCAAGCUGGCGAGAUCGACGACGCUCGACGCGUGCUCGGGCGGGCUUUCAAUCAGAAUCCGAACAAUGAGGACAUCUGGCUCGCCGCUGUCAAAUUGGAAGCGGAUGCGGACCAGACAGAUCAAGCUAGGGAACUCCUCGCAACCGCCCGACGGGAAGCUGGCACUGACCGUGUUUGGAUCAAGAGUGUCGCCUUUGAACGGCAACUGGGCAACAUCGACGAGGCGCUUGAUCUGGUUAAUCAGGGGUUGCAGCUGUAUCCCAAGGCCGAUAAACUUUGGAUGAUGAAGGGCCAAAUCUACGAAUACCAGAACAAGUAUCCACAAGCCAGAGAGGCCUACAGUACUGGUACCAGAGCUUGUCCCAAAUCGGUGCCGCUUUGGCUCUUGGCCUCCAGACUUGAAGAGAAGUCCGGUGCCGUAGUCAAGGCUCGUUCAGUUCUCGAUAGGGCACGCCUUGCCGUCCCAAAGAGCGCUGAGUUAUGGACAGAGAGUGCCAAGGUCUUGAUGGCCAAGGCUCUGCAGGAAGUUCCGACCUCCGGUUUACUAUGGAGCGAGAGUAUCUGGCAUCUCGAGCCUCGGGCGCAACGGAAGGCCCGUAUGGAUAACGACCCGAUCCUGUUUAUCACGGUAGCCCGUAUAUUUUGGGCCAUGACGUGCGAUCACGGCGACGGCUGGGCUUGGUACUACAAAUUCCUGCUGCAGCAUGGUACAGAGGAAAAACGAGCAGACGUUGUGGCCAAGUGCGUCUCGACUGAGCCCAAACAUGGUGAGGUUUGGCAAUCUGUGGCCAAGGAUCCAGCCAACGCACGCAAGUCGACAGAAGAGAUUCUCAAGAUGGUUGCAGACCGUCUCACACAGUAAAUUAAAUGUACACUAUCAGGUUUUAUAUUGCAUUGUUCAGCCGAGACAUUGAUGCUAUCACGGAUUUGGCGUUCUGGAGAAUGGCCAGCUCGAAUAAGUGACGAAUGGCCAGCUCGAAUAAGUGACUGAUGGGAAUGCUUUCUAGAAGCAGAAAUGAUAGACAUCUACAUCAUUAAUCUUAUAAAGCAAUGACAGCAUUGCAUCUGAUGAGCGAUACAGUUCACCAGUGCGAUAUGUGCCACU